AUGUGUCAACUGCCGAUUCAUCCAAGGAUCGCAGCUAUUGGAGCUGUUGUUGUCAUCAAAAACUACUGGUCGUUUUUAUCGACCUGGUCGGAUAUCGAAAUACUACAGAUUCAGUCCUUUCUUUAUGUGCCUACAGCUGAUUCCCGACUUGUCCAAGAAGUCAAGACGACAUUCUCAAAGUUGGGUGCCCAGCAACGAGUUCGGAUUUAUCUAUGCCAGAGCAAAAACAUCCAGGUCUAUGGAGAGCAGACACUGAAUGCCGAUUACCACGCUGAGAAAAUCUCAACGCGGUUGCUGGCAAACAUUACACACGAGAAACUGUUGGAAAAAUGUUAGUGUCACGGAAACCCGAUUAUAGCAUUGCCUCAUGCUUGAGGCUCUCGC